UUGAUAGCCGCUUUUGCUUACUAGUUGAAUCCUACUAAAAUACCUUUUCUUUUAUCAUCUUCAAAGAAUUUUUAUAAGUUUCUCCAUUUGCUAAGAAUUCACUAACCAUGGAAGGAGUUGAUGUACCUUCAUAUUUCAUUUGUCCAAUUUCAUUAGAGAUCAUGAAAGAUCCGGUAACGGUCGCAACCGGCAUUACGUAUGACCGGGAAAGCAUCGAGCAGUGGUUAUCAUCAUCAUCAGAUUGUCCGGUUACAAAGUUGGAGUUACCUAAAGGUGCAGAUCUAACACCAAACCAUACUCUACGUAGGUUGAUACAAGCGUGGUGCACGAUUAAUGCGUCGAAUGGUGUUGACCGGAUACCAACACCGAAAUCACCUCUGAAUAAGAUUCAUGUUCUGAAACUUAUUCAAGAACUUUCCAUUCCAAGGUUGCAAUUGAAGUCUUUGAUGAAACUUGCUGGUCUUGCAUCGGAGAGUGAUAAGAAUAGAAACUGCAUGGUUGAAUCUGGUUUGACAAAGCCUAUAGUUGCGUUCAUUCUCAAAUCAUGCGCAAAGAUCAAUGGUGAUGGGUUUGAAGAAGCUUUAGGUGUUCUUCAUCAAAUUUUAAAGGUUUCUACUGAUGAAUUCAAGGUUCUUGUCAUGGAAAACCAAGAAUUCAUCGAUCUGUUAACGCGGGUUCUACGCGCAAAGGAUAAUAAUAAUGAAAUCAUGAGAACCCAUGCAGUUUCAAUCUUGAAAGCAACUAUUGAAGUUUCAAGUGUGGGUGUUCUUCAAAAACUAAAUCUUGAUUUCUUUAAAACAAUUGUAAAAAUCGUGAAAGAGAGCAUCUCUCACCAAGCUACUAAAAGUGCACUUCAUAUACUUUUUGAAUCUUGUCAAUUGAGUCAAAACAAGUUGAAGAUCAUUGAAGCUGAUGCAGUUUUAGAACUCAUCGAACUCGAGCUUACCACACCUGAAAAGCGAAUCACCGAGCUAAUUUUCGGUAUAUUGGAUGGUUUAUGUUCUUGUGCAGACGGACGAGCUAAGUUUCUUGAACAUGCCGGAGGAAUUGCUCUAAUAUCAAAGAGGAUGAUUAGAGUUUCUUCGGUAGUGGAUGAUUUCGCUAUUAAGAUUUUGGCUUCGAUCUGUAAAUUUUCAGCUACAAAUGAAGUGCUUCAAGAGAUGUUGAAUGUUGGAGGUAUUUCAAAGCUUUGCAUGGUACUUCAAGCUGAUAAUGCGAUUGAAGUUAAAAAUAAAGCAAGAUUAGUCCUUAGGUUACAUUCUAGUUUUUGGAAUAGCUCUCCUUGUAUUCAUCUUUAUUUGUUAACUAGACAAAUUGCUAAAUAAUUAAUAGUCAGAUCAUGAAUAUACAAUACUACAAUUUUCUUAUAAAAAUUUACUUGUAAUUAAAAGGUUUCCAGUACCUUUGAUCUUGCAUGGUGUUCUACGUCGAAUGAUAUUGAAAGGAUUUAUGCUUCA